CGGGCAUUCCCGACACGAUGGCACGAAUGGCGCCAUAUCGCAUGAAGAUCCCGGACCUGGUCAAAGAGCGCGUGGCGCAGACGCUUGCCAUGACGAUGUACUUGGUCCAAACGACCGGACCGACGAACUACGUGAUCCAAGAGCAGAACUCGGACAGGAAGCAUCGGGUGCUCAUCGGAUCCGUCCAGUCGUGCUCAUGCGGAGACAAAGAGAUCUGCUGCCACUUGCUCUUUGUCAUGCUCAAGAUACUGCGCGUGCCAGCGUCGAACCCUGUCAUUUGGCAGCGAUCGCUCAUCGACUCGGAGACCAACAUGGUACUCACCGGAGGAUACAGUCAAGCGGACGGAGGCGGGGUGCGCAAGCCAUUUCUGCGGCGAAAAGUCGACGAAGCGUCGCCAGAAACGGGUUCUGACGGACUUGGGAAGGAGUGCGCGAGGCACACGGUUGUCGAGGGCGAAGUGUGCGCCAUUUGUCGCGAGGACAUGGUGGAAGCGCAGCAGAACUUGACCUAUUGCAAGCGCGGGUGCGGCAACAACUUCCACAUCGACUGCAUGAAGAUCCUGGGCGAGAGCCGCAAGCAGGCCAAGGAGAACAUCAUUUGUCCGUUGUGCCGCCAAGACUGGGGCGACUCGGCGCUAACAAACCUGAAAAAGGAAGCCGACGUGUCGAAUCGCAAUCCCCUCGUCCACAUUGGCGCGAGCUGCAAGCAAUGCCUGACAAAACCAAUUCGUUGCCAGCGGUACCGAUGUCUCCAGUGCAAACACGUCGACCUGUGCGAGAAGUGCUUCAAGUCAAAUGCCCAUGCCAAGCACUCGUUCGUCGUGCGGAAGGCGCACAAGGGAACGUGGUUCCCCGCCCUCCGAACUAUUCGGUCGUCACUACUGAGCCCCGAAGCCAUCAACGACCUGGAAGGCCGGGAGCUGUCGAAUGCUGACUACGACAUGCUCAUGGAGCUCGACGCAGCCGAGAAAUAUCCUCUCCAAGACUAUCUCAUGGCAAACCUGGCGGGGAAGGAGAUCACCGAUACAAAAGCGUGGGCCCCAGAACGCGUCGAUGGUAUCACGUGGUGCACAGUGUGUCAGCAGAGCCUUCGCAUGGCAGCGUCGAUCCGAUCGCUGCCGUGCCAGCACACGUUUCAUGCAAGCUGCCUGCUCCAGCAUCUCCUAAGCCAAAAGUACACGUGCCCGAACGCUCCGACGUGCGACCACAUUCUCUUUCCAGGCCUCCAUCACGUCGCGGAUGGAAAGAAGUCUGUAGCUCAUGCAAUGUCGUCUUCUGUCUCGACCGCCACGCCCUCCGCGGGAUCUGCCGCCGCGUUGCCAGCGCUCUUUUCUGUCGUGCCGUUGAUAAAGCGGUCGGACGGAACGGUCCUGCCACUGGAUUGUCCGAUGUCGAAGAAAGCCCUGGAAAAAGGCAAGGCUGUCAAGAAGCCACAUGCGCCUCCACCGUUGCUGCCGAUGAACAACCAACUCGAGGUGGAUGUGGCGCUGACUGGCCUUCACCAGCCCCAUCCGCGGCAAGAACAGCAAAGACCUGGCCAACCCCAACGACCACGAAAAUUGCCAACUCAUCUCCGCCACCCGUGCCCACAGCCGAACUUGGCGUUGCUCGAGCCGGCGUUUGUGGUGGGCAGCCUAGCCACGACGAGUCACCCUCCGUCGCGGUUGAAUUCAUUGCCCAAGUUAUCACCCGUCCUGUCGCCGACAUCGGCGCGUCUGGCUCAAGCUGAAGCCGCGCGGCAACUUGUCCGUACUCAAUCCCAAGAGAGAAAACGACAGCAGGCACAAGCGGUGCACGAUCGCAAGCAAGCGCUGAAUCAACUCACAACCAGCCCGUUGGAAGGACGCAUCGUGCUGCCGCCGCUGUGUGUGGGCAGUGGGGGCCAUGCAUCUAGCAACCAAGACCAGAACUCGAUCGUCGACAAAACCAUCAAGGCGAAGAAAGCCGAGAGGGUAGCCAGACACGAACAGGUCAAAGCGCGACGGGAGCAGCUGCAUGCAAUCCCGCACAGUGCCAUUGCAGGGUUAAACAUGCUGUGAUUUGUGUCGCGUUCGAGGACGACAGUGUCUAUGCGGGGCGAGCGUUGUUGUUGCUGACAGAGCGACGGCGGUGGGUGUUGAUUCUGUGGCGGACGAGGGAGAGCGCGAGGGCGACGGCCAUGAGCAACCCAGACACCAUCGUCGGGGACAACACGUCCACAAACACAACUUCAAACAGGUCUUCCGACAGCGACGUGAUGCGGUGUUCGAACUGGCACGACGCGAACCGACGGCGGUGGUCCCCGCAAUGAUCGAGGAGGUUGCACAGCGUGCCUUGGAUCAUGUGGCAUGAGAGUUGCAUCGACAAAUGGGGCGUGUCGCACGUGAUGCUACAAAGGCAAAGCGCG